AGCUUCUCAAACAUGGCGCGCUCAAGCGACGCAGGCAUGGCCUGCAAGCCGCCGGAUCCACCGGAGUUUGUCCCCGACAUGAGAGACUUCGUGCUGAACUUCGCCGGCGCGGCCGAGGCCGCAGCCCAACGCCAGCUGCGGGACCUCAUCGAUGUUUCGGAUGGGUUGGAGGAGAAUUUGGAGGAAGCGCUGAAGGGCGACAACAGCAUCUACGACAUGCUGUUUAUGCCCCCGGUGGAUCUGAUGUUGAGCUUGCCCACGCCGAACCGGCCAGCAAACCUCACGCGCCAGGCGCAAGAAAGCAUCCGGGAGUCGCUGCAGGGAGUUGCAAAGGCUGCGGAGAAGUUGCGGACACCUCCGCCACCUCCCGACUGGACGUACAAGCAACAGGCGGCUGCGCAGACGGACGAGCGAUGGCCCCCAAGGCCGACCGCCAAUGGCGAGUCCUCGGAAGAGGAAGAGGAGGAGGAGGAAGAGCCGGCGCCAGGUGUGGCCCAAACUCCGCCACGCCAGGUCAGGGGUCAACAUCCCAGGGACGUUGGGCGCACCAUCAAACAGGCCAUGAGCACUGCCAGCACCACGCCCGAGGUUCUUCGAUCCGGGACCGCACACUGCCUCAAAGUGAAGGAGUAUGUCAAGCAGUUGGAGGAGGUGACCAAAGACAAGCCUCCGCUCAUGCCCAUCCCCGCUCUCAGCCGCAGCAGCUUGGGCACCAAGGCACCAACGCCAAGACACGGGCCGCAUGCACAGGAGGUGGUGCCGCCACCCCCGCCCAAGGCACCCAUGCGGAAGGCGUCCAUGCCGUCGCAGGCUUCACUUAGUCCUCCACGACCUGAGGCCUUCGGCUCAACCCCCCCGCGCGCGGAGCGGGCAGCGAGUUUGCCGCCACGUCCGGAGGCAUUCUUCAGUCCACCGGCGAAGGCCUGCCCCUUCAGCCUAGACCCGGAGAUGCCGCAGGAGCGAGAGGAGCAUGAGGAGCGAGAGAAGCGAGAAGAGGGCAGCCCAAGUGAGGCGCGGUCUCAACGCAGCCGGCGAUCUGCCGUUUGCAGCGACCUGUCGGAGAAGCAGGUCUCCGAGCGGCGCUCGGCAGCGAGCUCCACAGAGAUGGCCCUAGGCCCACUGGAUUCGGCCGGCUUGGGUCUCGGAGCCCAAGUGCUGCAGGCUUGGCCUGGCUGCAUGCAGGAUCGCAUCAAGUUGCGCAUGGACCACGACUUGAGCAGCCCCGGAGGGUCAGAGCAUUCCGGCUCAGAGGCACUGCGGGAGGACUUGAAGGAGCUGGAGCGUCUGGAAAGAGCCGCGGCAGCAGCUCAGGAGGCAUCAUCCUCCCUCGGAGCAGAGGUCGCACGCCCGGAGGAGCCCUCGGGGUCUGAUGCCUCAGUUCCAUUGGCAGCUGCGUUUAAGGCUGAGCAAGCCUUUGCAGCAGCCGAGAUCUUCAAGGACCAUGCAGAAGACGAGGCUGCAGCAAGCGCCGAGAAGAUGUUGGAACGGCAGGAGGCGCUGACGAACGCUCACCCAGCGUCCGCUUUGGCCGCGGUGGAUGCGGACAGCGUCAAGGAGUCCGAGCACUCGCGGGAGCCGUCAGAGGCAGAGCCUGCUCAACCUGCUGCGGCAUUCGAGGCUCACACUGCCUCCGCUGCCGCGGAUGCAGACAGCGUCAAGGAGUCCGAGCACUCGCGGGAGCCGUCAGAAGCAGAGCCCGCUCAACCUGAUAUGGCAUCCGAGGAGUCGCUGGCGCUCGCGCACGCAGCCUCCGCUUUGGCCGCGGAUGCAGACAGCGUCCAGGAGUCCCAGCAGUCGCGGGAGCCGUCAGAAGAGCCCGCUCUGCCUGCGAUGGCAUUUGAGGAGCCGAUGCCGCACGCUCACACAGCCGCUGCGGAUGCAGACAGCGUCAAGGAGUCCGAGCAGUCGCGGGAGCCAUCAGAAGCAGAGCCCGCUCCGCCUGUGAGUGCAUUCGAGGAGGCAGCUUCGCGUCCACUUGAUUCCAUGGAAGACACUCUGUGUCCGGAGGCUGAGCAAGCAUUUGCCCCAGAUGCCGAGAUCCUCAAGGCUGCCGCGGCAAGCGACGCCGAAAAGGUGUUCGAGGAGGCGCUGGCGCACGCUCACGCAGCCUCCGCUUUGGCUGAUGCGGACAGCGUCAAGGAGUCCGAGCACUCGCGGGAGCCGUCAGAAGAGCCGGCUCUUCCUGGGAGGGCAUUCGAGGAUGCAUCCCUGGGUGCGGAGGAGGCUAAGCCGCUUGCCAAGCAUGACGAUCACAAGGCCACGCGGUACUUCCGUGCCAUGGAGGUCUUGGAGGAUCGCUUGCUUCAAGAAGCUCCUCAGCCAUUCGGCAAGGAAGCCACGAAGGAGGAGAUGCAAACUUUGGAAUCCUUUGUGGCACCUACUGCGAAAUUGCUGCAGGCUGCGGCGGACCUUGGGCACCAGGCGGAGGAUGAUCUGUCGGACUGCUUCCCUCCGGCACGGGAUGAAGCAGACCCCGCUCAGAGAGCGCGGGCAAGCGCUGAGGGUAAGGAGAAGGAACCUUCCUUGUGGACAGGCUCAGAAGGGGAACUCUCCAAGGCCUCCUCCUCCUGCGCGCUGGAGGCGGCGGCGCAUGAGGACAAGGACCUUCCGAGGGCCCAGAUUUCACCCGACAGCUUCCAGGCGUUGGAAUGCUCUGAGUUCGCCUUUGUGCACGAGGCAGAGAUCGUUGACCAUCCUGCAAAGCUGAGGGCCGACAAUGAGGCGGAAAGCUCUGAGGAGGCCCACUGCGUCAGCGAGGCAGAGAUCGCUAACCAUGUUGAGCACAGGGCCGACAAUGAGGCGGAAAGCUCUGAGGAGGCCCACUGCGUCAGCGAGGCAGAAAUCGUUGACCGUCCUGCUGAGCACAGGGGCGAUGAGGACAGUUCCGAGGCCCAAGAGGUCAGCGAGGCAGACAUCGUGGAACAUCUUCUGGCAAGUGGUGAAGAGGUUGGCUCUGAGCUUCGCGUUCAGGAGGCUGAGAUUCCGGAAGAUCCUCAGACGGGCGAAGCUGAGGACACCAUGGACCUGCCCUGUCCUCUGGAUGACCCAGACGACGAAUCCCGCUGGGAUAGCUUUAUGCAGGACCGGCAGUUGGAGGCGGAGAACGAGACUGCAAUCGAGAAGGAAGAGGAGGCAGAGCAGCCAGUGAUCGAGGCAGAGACGGCCAACGCGAGAGUGAUUGAGAAGGCAGAGCAGCCAGAGGCGGAGUCGCCAGCAAUGGAACAGGAAGAGGAGACAGAGGCAGAGCCAGCGUUCCAGAAGGAGAAGGAGGAGGAGAAGGAGGAAGAGGAUGACGAAGAUGCAAGCGACAAGGCUCCGGGCAUCGAGCUGGUGGGCCACUGGCGAGGCGAGAGCAUCUCCCCGGAGCGGAGGAAGAUCUCCUCGAACCUCUGGCACAUCCUGAGGACAAAACCCCUGCCACCGCCCAAAGCGGAGGACAACUACGAGAUGUCCUCAGCGGGGGAGAUCGAGCAGGAGGAUGAGGCGCGAGAGCUGGAGCUGGCGGAGAAGAGGCAGUUCAAGCACAGCCCCAGGUGGUGUGACAACUACCUGAACUUGGUCCAGGAGCAGGGGAAUUGGGAUGCCGACACCGUCUUUGGCCAGGUGCCGCCCUGCGACCUGGACGAGGUCUUCCCAGACUCGCUCUACAAAGAGCUGUCCACGGAGCGACGCUACAAGAAGAGACGCGGGUCUUCAGGGCACUGGGGCAAGGACCGGCUGAAGUCCAGGGAGGUGGACAUCUACAAGUCCAAGCUGGGGCAGAGGAAGGCAUUCAUGCCGGACCUGGAAGCGCUGUCGCCCUCCAGAAGUGCGUUCCUGCAAGGAGAGGUGGUUAGCCGCGCCAGGGCAUCUGCCUCCAGCUCAGACUGAGAUCGAGACCCUCUUGGUGAAUUCCGAAAAAAAUGCGUAGGUUGACAACACAGGCGGUCAGACAUGAAGACAUCCAUGGG